AUGGGUAGUCUUCUCUUCCUAGCUGAGGCAAUUGAGUCUCGAAUCGCCUCAUACUCCUGUCCCAGAGGCACACGCGGCUGUGUGCAAUCAUUGCGACUUCGACGAUGCUUCCACAACAACCACCGCCGCCGAUCAUCUGCAGCGCUUGCAGAGCAAGAAUGUCUUGAGAGACAACCUGUUGAGUGCGAGCCUGAUGCCGACCUGUCUAAUGCUCUUAACUACAACUCCCCUGCGAAACUUGCCAACCCAGCCUACCAGUUUCGACUAUUCAAGCCCGUAAUCGAUCGAAACUCGGCCUUACCGACGAAGUUAGACUUAAGGAAUCGCUAUUCGUCGCAUCGGAAGGAAAAGCGCUAUGGGGUCCAGAGAGCCGACCCUGGGUUACGUGAAGACUUUCUGGAGACGCCCACAAGGGAGUUGGUAGAUGCCUCCUACGCAGAUAGCCGGUCUGCCGUGUUCCAUGCGCUACGUACAGGUGAUCCGCAUUCUGUGGUUUGGGCCCUGAUACAAUUUACAACAAGUAAUGGGGCAGACGGUGUUGGCGAGAUCCUUGGAACAAUUCCCGCCACCACUUUCUCGGAGAUCUUGCGUUGCCUAGACCCGGUGCACUUUGUUGGCAAAGCCCAAAGGUUGCACAUGGAGAUCAGUCCGCAUACUGCCAAAACCAUGCGUCUUCCUCGCGCUGAUUCAAGUAAUUAUUACAAAUUUUGUGACAUUUUCCUCUCCCGAAUCAGGGCCAUCCUGGCUGCUCGUCGUCGUGCAGCGCCCCUCUGCCAAGCAGACCUCAGAUAUCUUCUUAAGUGCGCUAUGGCCACUGGAAAUAGCACCCUUGCGAAGGAGAUAUGGGAAUCUCUUACCUCGAAAUAUGGAGGCCACCUGGAGCCAGAUCUGAUGUGUUACAACUACUAUCUCGGAGUUAAGUGCUGGUUGGGCACAUAUCACCCCCUCAUGAGACACAGCUUCAGAGUGAUCCCUUACAAUUUUACCCUGCGUGCAACGCCUUCCCCACCUCUGAGGCUUCAAGGAUAUCGAGUCGGCUCAAAUGGCAUUAAAGCCGAAGUCUCUGAUAUAUUUUGGACUAUGAUUCAAGCAGGAAUUGCUGGUAAUGAAGAGACGUUUUGUCAUAUGAUAAUUGCAUUUGGUCGUGAAGGCGAUCUUGCCGGUAUUGAAUCUAUUCUCAGUCGCGUUUGGGGGUUUAAUGUUGUUGAUCUCAUGAGAUCGAGCAACUUUGACCCCCCAGCGAAGAGCUAUGGUGUGGACUCUCCAUUUUACCCUUCUAACCGUCUACUCCACACACUCGCCCAUGCCUAUGGUAUCAACAACGCCAUUCCAACUGCGUUACGACUCGUCGACUAUGUUUCUAGGCGGUAUUCUGUGCCUAUCGAGAAGCAUGUCUGGAAGGAACUUUUAAAUUGGACCUAUGUUCUCUCGAAGAGACGUACGCCAGAACGUUUGGAAGACGGCACCAUCGAUGACAGUUUUGCUACAGGGCAACUUCCCCCAGAAGCCGUCCUCAAUGUUUGGGUAACAGUGACAUCUAAGCCCUACAGCGUACGCCCUGAUAUGGAAAUGUUCGACCUUAUCAUCUCGAACCUGCUUUCUAGACAGUGUUUCGGCCACGCACAAACUCUCAUGGAACUAGCUCGGGUCCACCACAAGGCGGCUGUAAGGAGACUCUCUGGCCUGCUGGACCGCUCCAAUUCCACAUCCGCCGCGCGCAACAACCCCGAAUCGGAUCAAUUAGCCCGCGAUAUAGCCUUGAUGCAUUUACGAGUCCGGCGGAAUCGGCAGUAUAUUAAGACGUGGGUGAGGCGUCUCCUUAACUCGGGGAACAAAUCUUUAAGAGGCAAUGUGGAUUGGCAGGCCCGUAACUUGCCGAGGAUCAUUGAGAGAUGGGGUAUUUUCCUUCCCGAUAGGAUUAGAUACCAAACAGUGUCUGGAGAAGUAGCUUUCUGGACUGGGACUAUGAAUAGGAACCGAUAUCGCCAGUGGCAGUUCGCAGUAGGGAUCCAGCAAGGGAGGAAGCGACGUAUGGACAGAAGAACAGGAAUGAUAAAGACAAUGGAAAGCAUAACCACUGAAGGAAAGAAGACGAUAUUUCUCUGGAUCCGACGAAGAGCGAGGUCGAGACCCUCUGUUAAACGUGUUGGACGGCGGCAAUAG